ACUUUUCUCAGUCAUAAUCUCUCUUCUGCCUCAUCUUCUAGAUUUUUACUUGCGUGUCUCCAGCUUUUCUCUUCCUUUGCCCAUCCGCAGUUUGCUGAGCUGCUUCCAUGUUCCAGGCACUGUAAUAGGUGCAAGGCGGGUAUACAGUCCAGGACAAUGUCUGGAGAACUUCCACCAAACAUUAACAUCAAGGAACCUCGAUGGGAUCAAAGCACUUUCAUUGGACGAGCCAGUCAUUUCUUCACUGUAACUGAUCCCAGGAAUAUUCUGUUAACCAACGAACAACUAGAGGAUGCAAGGAAAGUAGUGCAUGAUUACAGGCAAGGAAUUGUUCCUCCGGGUCUCACAGAAAAUGAGUUAUGGAGAGCCAAGUACAUCUAUGAUUCAGCUUUUCAUCCCGACACUGGUGAAAAGAUGAUCUUGAUAGGAAGGAUGUCAGCUCAGGUUCCAAUGAACAUGACCAUCACAGGUUGUAUGAUGACAUUCUAUAGGACCACACCGGCAGUGCUGUUCUGGCAGUGGAUCAACCAGUCCUUCAAUGCCGUGGUCAAUUACACCAACAGAAGUGGAGAUGCUCCCCUCACUGUAAAUGAAUUGGGAACAGCUUAUGUUUCUGCAACAACAGGUGCUGUAGCGACAGCUCUAGGACUCAAUGCAUUAACCAAGCAUGUCUCUCCGCUCAUAGGACGCUUUGUUCCCUUCGCUGCGGUAGCUGCUGCUAAUUGCAUUAAUAUUCCAUUAAUGAGGCAAAGGGAACUCAAAGUUGGCAUUCCUGUCACAGAUGAAAACGGGCACCGCCUGGGCGAGUCGGCAAACGCUGCUAAACAAGCCAUCACGCAAGUAGUCGUCUCCAGGAUCCUCAUGGCGGCCCCCGGCAUGGCCAUCCCUCCCUUUAUCAUGAACACUUUGGAAAAGAAAGCCUUUCUCAAGAGGUUCCCAUGGAUGAGCGCACCUAUUCAAGUUGGAUUAGUUGGCUUCUGUUUGGUAUUUGCUACACCUCUGUGCUGUGCUCUGUUUCCUCAGAAAAGUUCCAUGUCUGUGACAAGCUUGGAGGCCGAGCUGCAAGCCAGGAUCCGAGAGACCCAUCCUGAAUUACGGCGCGUGUACUUUAACAAGGGAUUAUAAAGUAGGGAAAGAAACAUCUUCAGAGGAUCCUACCAACCACAAGUGUGGUGUAGCCAAGUUGGUAAGGAAUAUCCUGGUUCUGGUCGACAGGUGACAGAUACCUUUUAACGAUCCACGUUAGCCUUUUAGAGUCAAGCUGCUACUUAUAGCACAGCACCUGGGGUGGCCUCCCCUUACAUUUGAAUCAUGGUAUCAUUUACAGAAACACCCUUCCUGUAGCUUUUAUAGUCACUGGUUUUUCAAAGACAAUAUCCCAACCCUCACCCAGAGUUUUCAAAAGCACCGCUAGGCAUAGAGUAGAUGUUCAGUAUAUUGACUGUCAGUCAAUGAAAAGGAAAUCUGUUUAAAAUACUGAAGUUUUAUCCUACUCUUGUUUCAAAUCAAGGAGAGCUCAGUAGUGAGUUGAGAAAACACAAAAGCUCUGAAGCUAAACUGUAAAAGAAAAUGACUCGUAAAUAUUAAGGACAGUUUACUUUCCUGCCCAGUUCGGGCUGGAGGCGACCCGAAGUAGAUGAUGAGUUCUUUGCAUUUGUAGGAUAAAAGCCCCUUCAUACACCUCCCGGAAGUCAGAGUGAUAGACAAUUGUGAAAGGUCCCUGCUGUCAACAGCUGUGUGCUUUCGUAUUGCUGGUGGAUUUCUUCGGUUGAGUUUGAAAUUUAUUCUAUUUUACAUUCUUAUGAAGAUAUCAAUCUUACCUUGCACUUGUUGACUUUAUAUUCAAUCAUUUAAAUCAACUAAUCAAAUAACGGAAAUGCACAAAUGUCAAAUUUUGGAAGUAUAUUCGAAACCAACGCUGUAUGACUGGGUUGAAUCUGGCGUGUUUGAUUUUUUUUUUUUUUUAGAAGCGAGAGAACAGUUCCCUCUGCCUACAUGUCUUUUCUUGUCAUCCUCGUAGAUCUCUUUGGCGUUCAGAAAGAUACGGAAAUAAUGUGUAUGUGAAUCAAUGACUCAAUGAAUUUUACUUGAAUGUUGUAUAUUACAUUCCACCCUGUUUGAAAAUAAUGAACCCAUGGACCACUGUUUACAUCAUCUGUAGUAUCUUCACAUAUAAUAUAUUUAAUGUUAAGAGAUUAUGUUUCAAUUCUGUAGAGGUUCAAAGGCAUACGUGAGGUGGUCAUUUCACUGAGUAUAGACCACUCGAUUCGAUCUGUAAUUCAGAAUGUAGAAACUAGUUUGGGCAAAUUUUUCCUGACACUGUGACCAGACUGAAUUUCCUCAUAAAGAAAAAAUGGUGUGCCUCGUGUCUGUGUUUCUCUUUUCUCUGAAACGAUGAAUGGACCUGAAGGUUUUGGGCCACUCUGAGCCUUCCUUUAUAUACUGCCGGAAUAUUCUCAUUUAGAUUUCCUGUCUUAAGCCAUUUGAAGCAAAAGAGCUUCCCCAUGACAUUCUGGCCUUGGAUGUCUUUUGUGGCCAUAGAUGCUUCUCUUUAAAAAUGGGUAAAAGCAGGAAAUUCAAGGCAGAGCUCCACGAGGUGCUUAAAGGGCACUUUUAACAAGAAACUAAAGCCCUUGAGGCCUACCCCCACUCGCCCCAGCUAAUCUCAGAAUGCUUACCCCCAGUCAGGUGGCAGCUCCAUGUCCAAAUCUUAACCUUCGUUGAAAAAUUAAUGAGUGCCUGGUUGGAAGAUUGACAAACUGACCAAAAUUUUAAUACACACCAGGAUGAGAUGGCCAAAGGAUCAUUACAAAAGGGAUAAUGAGCCUGGAGAUGUGUCUUUUUAAACAUCAUCUGUUGAAGCUUCUGACUCUUGAUGCUUUUAUAGAGAACUAUGAAUUGUAUAGUUGAAUCAUGGUUUAUAUAAAGGAACAAAAUGAACCAAGAUUGGCGAUCUUUGCUGAUCUCUUAGGAAUACCUCUUCUGGAGAAAAGUUCACAUGAAGUGCAAUAUGCUUGUAAAGGUAAAUAGUUAUUAAUAUUUCUAGCAACAUGAUAUAAAGAAUUAUGACUGUAAGUAUUAAACGACUGGCAGCUUUUUUUCAGUAUUAGCACAGUGUCUGGCCAGUCUUGGAGUCGAUGUAUUAUUUCAGUUCAACUGGAUGAAAUGUUAAAUAAACUCAGAAUGAAAAAAAA